AUGUCCAACGUCAACUACGGUACGGCAGCCGAAGGCGUCUCUGGCGCGCCGCCCGCCGUUCACUCCAUCAACGGCAGCACCGCCGCCAGCGCGGGGAAGCAGCCAGCGCAUGAUCAUAACGAUGAGGGCUUCCAGCCCCAACCCGCCAUGGAGGUCGUGCCUCCCCGCCAACAGGAUCUACAGCGCAGCUAUGCCACCAUUGUCGAUUCCGACGCGAACCCCAAGGGCUGGUAUGGCUCCAUGAUCAAUGGGCUGGGCGUCUGCAUCGGAGCUAUCGGCGCCGUCCCCUGCUGUCCUUUCCCCAACCCCUACAAGACCGUCGGCCAGGGUCAUGUCGGCCUCGUCACCAAGUUUGGCAAGUUCUACAAGGCCGUCGACCCGGGCCUCGUCAAGGUCAACCCCCUCAGCGAGCGACUCAUCCAGGUCGACGUCAAGAUCCAAAUCGCCGAAGUACCCCAGCAGACCUGCAUGACCAAGGACAACGUCACCCUCCACCUCAACUCCGUCAUCUACUACCACAUCAUCUCGCCCCACAAGGCCGCCUUUGGCAUCUCCAAUGUGCGCCAGGCCCUCAUUGAGCGUACACAGACCACCCUGCGCCACGUCGUCGGUGCCCGCGUCCUCCAGGACGUCAUCGAGCGCCGCGAGGAGAUUGCCAAUUCCAUCAGCGAGAUAAUCGACACUAUUGCUACUGGGUGGGGUGUCAAGGUUGAGAGCAUGCUCAUCAAGGACAUCAUCUUUAGCUCGGAGCUUCAGGAGAGUCUGUCCAUGGCGGCCCAGAGCAAGCGUAUUGGUGAGAGCAAGAUUAUCGCCGCCCAGGCUGAGGUUGAGGCUGCCAAGCUCAUGCGCCAGGCUGCCGACAUCCUCUCGUCCGCUCCCGCCAUGCAGAUCCGCUACCUCGAGGCCAUGCAGUCCAUGGCCAAGUCCGCCAACAGCAAGGUCAUCUUCCUGCCCGCCGCCAACCAGACCAUGCCCAACAGCACCGUCUUCAACAAGGACGGCGAGGCUUCGAGCGUCGCCGACUUUGCUCACGAUUUCAGCACGACGAACCCCGGCCUUCAGCAGGCUAUAAACGCCCGCAUCGUUGAGCACAUUUAA